UGUUAAUUACCCUUUUCAUUUCUGAUCAUGCUGGUUUUUAGUUUACAUAUUAGAUUAUUGUAAAUCUUUUUUAGUUUUAGGUAAUAAUAUAAUUACAUUUUUGGAGAUCAAUAAUUAUUUCAUUGUUGAAGAGAAACGAUUAGAGGACAUAAUUUAAAGCAUAUCUGGCCCGUCUUUAAAAAUAGCAAUUGACGCAUUGUGCUUUCCACUGAACAAAAGUUGAGUGAUAUCAUCUGGUUUAAAAAAAUGGAGGUUCAAUACAUGAGCCUUAAGGAAGAUGCAGAAGUUCUUAUAAACGAAGUUAGUUAUGCUGUGAAGAACAUUUCUAUAUCUUCUUCACUUCCUUCAUCUGAUAAUUGUGUAUUCUUAAAUAUUGAAACAAAAGAAAAUGCCUUAUUUACAGUUCGCUUAUCGCCUCAAGGUUUUCAAGUUGUUAGUCAUGCUUUAGACAAAGAUGAAAAUGGAUCUACAACAUAUCCAAGAGUAUACGAAACAGUUUAUUCGCUGCUUGAAAAUAUUAGUGAAAGUUAUGUAACUGUUUUUGGAAAUGCGCUAUCGGUAAAGUUAAACGCUCUAAAAGAUUUGCAAGAAAAAAAUGCUGAAUAAGUAUCUUUAUUGUUUAAGUUUUAGUUCAAAAUGCAUCCACCAGAAAGCAGAAAAUUAGAUGCACCAGAAAGUGAGCAAUUGAUAACACAACGCAACGAUCCAAAUGUUUAGAGUGAUUAGUCUGAAAUAUAAUGGAUGACAUUGAAAGUAUUUUGUGUUGGCUUGCACUUGUUGUAUUUACAGCGUGUCUUGUUAAAAAAUCUACUUCUGGUAUAUUUUAUAACGGCUCAGAGUCUCUCAAUGGAAAAGUAAUCAUUAUUACUGGUGCAAAUUCUGGUAUUGGUUUUGAAACAGCUUUAGAACUUUGCAAACGUGGUGCUAAAGUAAUUCUUGCAUGUCGAAAUGAAGCGCGUGGUUUAAAUGCUGUGCAUAGCAUAAAACUGGCCUUCAAAUGCGCUAACGUUGAGUAUAUGCCGUUGGACUUAUCGUCGUAUAAAUCUAUUAGAGGUUUUGUGAUAUUAUUUAAAAGAAAACACGGCUAUCUAAAUAUACUUAUCAAUAAUGCUGGAAUUAUAUUUGUACCUCAUAUUUUUUCAAAAGAAGGAAUUGAGUUAAACUUUGCUGUGAAUCAUCUGGGACAUUUUCUAUUAACGCUCUUAUUAUUGCCAAUGCUUAAAUCUAGCAAUACGCAUUCGCGAAUAAUACUGAUUUCUUCUCUUACGUACAUUUUCAGUAAUAUACAGUUGGGAGAUUUAAAUUUCACGUCACGACCGUAUAACUCUCUGCAAGCUUACGCUGAUAGCAAAUGUGCCAGCCUUGCAACUUUUCUUAAUUUGGCUAAGAAGUUUAAAUUUGACGAUGUUUCUAUUUCUUGCGUCGAUCCGGGUAUAAUAUUCUCAAACAUUGGAAGAGACGCUUGGUUUAUGAGUAGCUUUUUUUAUCAAGUGUUAUGCAGACCAUUUACUUGGUUGGCAUUUAAGGGAACAUGCGCUGGUGCUCAAACUACCAUUUAUUGCGCUUGUUCAAAAGAUGUAGAAACAAAGAAAGCAGGGUUUUACUCUGAAUGUGAACGGAGGAUUCCAUGGCCAAUAGUCUUUGAUGAGAACUUAUGUGAUAGUUUAUGGAAAAAAAGUUUUGAAAUGUUGGAUUUAACUGAAGUUGAAUUAGCGUCGAUUUCUGAGCAAAUCGACUUAUAAAAUUUGUUUCCUUUUUUUUUUGUCCAAUAUUUUAGCCAUCAAAAGGAGAGUAAAUAAAAAUGUUUUAUUCACAAUAUUUGCAGUACGCCUACAAAAAAGUUUCAGUUGAUUUCAUGUUUUUAUAGGCAAACAAA